UUCAUUUUUUUACGGGUUUUCCUUUUUAUUUGUUUUUUACCACACCGACGAGGAGGAAUUGGGGUCAGGAUAAAGGACAUGACACCGGCAGGCGUUUUGGUACCCAACCUGAGGCCAUGGGAGACCAUAGACUGGCCGGCGGAGCAGCAGCUGGGGAUCCACCGCAGUUGGGGUCAGUACUUUGCGAGGAUGCGGAAGAACAGCGUUGCCCAGACAUAUUUCGACAAGUGCAUCACGGAGCACGAGGUGUUGGACCACAAGGCCUUGUAUCUGCGUAGCAAGUUCCACAGAUCGGUGGCCCUGGCGCAGGGCGCCUUGGAGGAUAGUCUGCGGGCCAUGAGAGUGCGGGAGGAGUGGAAUGCGAAUGUGUCCAUGGAACUGGCCGAUGCUCUUUACGAUCUUAAUCGGUUUGAGGACAACAAGAGCCUGCUCCACGACAAUGUGCGUCGUCAUGCGGGCACAUCUUUGAAAGGUUUCGCAAAUCGCCUCAUGGUGGUCGAUGAGAAUCUCAAGGAUUGCAUGGGCUACAGCCUGGCGGACUUCUUCAUGGAACACUCGUCGCAGCUGCCCGGCUUCUAUGCGAAUCAGCAGGAAGAGCUGCGCAGGGCGGACAAGCGACCGCUCUGGAAGAUCCUGAAAGAGCGAAAGGAGUGCGAUGUCCAGAGCAUUAUUGAUCGCAAGGCGGAGAUGCUAUCCCCGCUGGAAAGUGAACGGAGGCGUCGUAAGACCAAGAUCUAUUAUCAGAACUAUCUGGGUCGCAACUGGACCGAUUUUAUCUUUCUAAAAACUCUUCGCCGGAAUCCAAAUAGCCUGCUGGACAGCAAUUUUGGCUCCUCGCCAGACAGUACAGAGUACCUGGAAUACUCGUUCCAGCGGCUAAAGACCUUCACCCGGAUGCUCCAGGCCCGGAGUCCCAUGUACAACGAGUACUACCAGCGAAAUCCCCGAAUGGAGUCUCGCAUACGAGAGUCGAACUUGUUCAGAAUUCAGUACCAGACCAGGCGGAAUAUGCUAAGCAUCCUCCGAACCAUUAAGGUGCUGAGGAAGAGUAAUGACAUUAAGCGUCUUCGCAAAUUCGUGGAGGAUGUGAUGGGCAACUAUGUGGUCGUCAAGACGAACCGCCUGAUGCCCUGGAAGGCGGAGUUCAUGAAUGAGGUCUACAAUAAUCUAGCUCUGAGCCUGUGCGAGGGCUACCGCCUGCCCCCCAAUAGGGUCACGCCAUACGACAAGAGCGCCAUGUGUCAGCUGCUCGACAUACCCACGGCCAAGCCCCUGGAGCACGCGGAGUUCAUCUUCGGGGAUCGUUCCACCUAUUCCUAUGCCGGUCCAGACAAACAGAGCACCGACAGGCUGGAAGCUCAAAAUUUUAUCGACUACCUGGAGAAACGCCUCAUCUUCGCCCGCCUGCCGAUUGAGAGGAGCUACUUGCUCCACGAACUGGCCGAUCGGCUCAUGCAGAAGAAUCACUUUGUCCAGAGCCUGUCCUAUGCCCAGAAGGCCAUCGACGAGGCCAGGGGAUGUAGUAGCCGAAUCUGGGAGUUCCUUAGCACCAUGUUGAUGGCCAAAUCCCAUGCCGUGCUCCAUAAGUACGAGCGGCAAUCGGAGGUCCUCAAUUCCGCCUACGAUCUGGCCACCCAGCUGAAGUCGCCGCGACUCUGCACCUUCAUCGAGCUGUGCCGGAUGCUCAACAAGGACUACAUAACGCUCCGGAAGAUGUCCCAAUUGGUGAACAGCAAGCGGCUGCGCUCCAAGAUCUCGAAUAGGUCUAGUUUUCUCAGCUCCCCCAACUACUCGCCCAACUUUUCCGAUAUGAAGAAGCGGGAGACUGAACCUUUGACUGACUAACUCAGCGGAUGGGAUGGAGGGCAAUGAAUUUUCCCUCAGUGCCCUUCAUUCGAUCUGCUGGUUAAGGUAAGGCAAGGUAUUAGUCUUAAAUGUUAAAUCUUAAUGAAAAAAUAUAAGUUAAGUUAAGAUAAACCUCUGUAACGUAGCAAAAUCAUAAAAAUAUGUUAAAAUUC